CGAACCUUUUUUUGUGUUGCACAAGUUGAGUUCGUCUGCUUUUACAUUCCCGCGGUGCAAUGUAGAAAGUGAAAUUGUAGCUAUGCAUACUGAAAAAAAUCAUUAAAAAAAAAAUAAAUAAAUUGAAUAUUAAGAAUUAAAACAUACAACUGGUAAACUAGACAAACAAAUGCGACACGGUGCUGACUGGGUAGCUACGAAAUAAAAGAUAUGUGCCGGUGAUAAAACGUUGGUACUGCUUUCAAAUUGUAUUUAAAUUGUUUAUGACAGGUAAAUAGGCUACAUUUAUCUGACGAAAUAACUUUUAAAACAUUUGUAUUUGAUAACAACGUGUUUAUUUUUAUUUAUUUAUUAAUAUUAAGCUGUUUGUGAAAAGGGAUUGGCACUGAAUUCAUAUUUACGAAGUACGGUACUCCAAAUGGUUAAACUGGGAUCGAACGCCGUGGUGGGGCUCACGUUAGGAGCCACGGCAGGAGCCGGGUGGGUAAUUUAUUUGAUUUACAAAGAUAGAAAAAAAAGAAAAGGCCGACGACUUGAGAAUGAAAACAGCUCCCCGCCUGUGUUCUACACUACUGUUGGACCACAUGGAAACAUCACUAGCAGUGCGAGAGAUUUGGAGAGCCAAGCUUCUCGAGUCUCUGCUGUCCUGAGGGAGACGGGUGGCCGUGGCUUGAUGCCGGAGCAGCAGGUGGAGUUGUGGAACCAGCUGGACACAAUGCUGCAGUGUGUGAUAGAGCUCAAGACCGAGGUGGCUGACCUGAGGAAGGGGCUUGAGGGGAUCGUUGUGCAGAUAGUCAAAGAAGUCAAAUCCAGCGUGGAGGAGAGUCAGAAGGCAACGCGGAAACGGAGACAUUUCUUCAUGAGGGAGCGCUCAGACUCCAUGAGCUCAAGCUCCAUUUACUUCAGUGCAAGCACAGGCGCAGCCAGUGUGUACGAUGGGGAGAGUGAGGGAGGAUACACGACUGCUAAUGCAGAGUCUGAUUACAAUGGAGAAACGGACAAAGAGACUGACAGGGAUACCGAGGAGGAGGAGGAGGAGGAUGAUGAGGAAGUGAGUUGUGCCACAGUGAAGGCUCUCUGCCGGGAUUCCCUCAGCCUAGAUGAGGACCCCAUCGCCCAGCUGACCACUGAGCUGCCUGAUGAUGAGUUCAACCUCCUGCUGGAGACGAGCGACAGGCUCCAUACAGGGACCAUCCAGGACCACACCGAGGGGUUCCAGCUGUUGCUAAGCAACAAGCCCAUGUACAAGGAGAAGAAAGAAUUUCUGUGGCGGCUGGCCCGUUCCUACAAAGACAUGUAUGAGAUCACAGAAGACAAAGACGAGAAGCAAUCCUACGCAGAACAAGGGAGAGAAGAGGCAGAAGCAGCUCUCCAAAGAGAUGACCAGUGUGCCGAGUGCCACAAGUGGUUUGCGGUUUUGACGGGCCUUACAUCUCACUACGAGAGCAUGCAUGGGCGUCUCAAGAGUGGCUACAUUUUUAAGGAACACAUCGAUAAGGCAAUCGCCUUGAAGUCCAAUGACCCAAUGUGCUACUAUCUGCUCGGAAGGUGGUGCUAUGAUGUGUCCAAUCUGGGCUGGCUGGAGAGAAAGGCUGCUUCAGCAAUUUAUGAGACCCCUCCCACUGCCACAGUCCACGAUGCCCUGCAGAACUUCCUCAAGACUGAAGAGCUGAGCCCAGGUUAUUCUAAAACUGCAAGGCUGUACAUUGCAAAGUGCUACAAGGAUCUGGGCAACAACUCAGCAGCUCAACACUGGGCAGAGUUGACUUCAAAGAUGACCUGUGUCUCAAAUGAGGACAUAAACAAUGAAAGCUUGGAAGAAAUGCUAGAAACCCUAAGAGAAUGAGAAGUUUACGUGAUACUUGCAGCAAAGGGUUGAGGAGGGGGGAGGGAUGGAGUUUGGACCUAAAGCGAUUUACCUCCGUACAGGACAGCAGAGGUGUUGGAAUGCAAGACCCUUGUAGAAAGUGAAAUGUGAAUUUUGAAUGUGACUUGGGAAUGCUUUCUUCCAGGGUCUUCAGUUGUAUUGAACAGAGUGAGUGAUCAAACAAGUGUUCAUGUCUUUAAGGGCAACUGACAAAGACUUUUGUAUGAAGUGCAGGAUUUGAUUAUAUCCUACUGUAUGUUUUUGUUUGUUUAUUUGUUUUUUUAUAUAACUGUUAUAACAGAUAUUUUAUUUGUUUUAUAAAGGAAAUGUUUGUCCUGGUAUUUGCAUGUUGAAUAUAAAAGACACAAACUAACUUGUUCUUUUAGAAAUCAUUCCUUUUGUCCUAAUUGAAACCAGUGAAUAUGUACAGUAACUGGGGCUAAUACAAUUAACUUUUAGCUUGAGAAAAUAUCUAUUUCAGUAAAUUAUAAAAUCAUGCAGUGUUUUUGGCUCACUGUUUCAAGCUUGAAUUUUUAUUUUCCUAAAAAACCCUUUUCCUAGCUAACAGUAAAUUGGCUAAUAUACUUGAUUCAGCAUCAUUGUGUAAUUGUGUAUAUUGACCAAGUGGGUACUGCUAGGGUCAGACAGGAUGAAACUGUUUUAGCACAGGGGUCCCAAUUAUCUAAACAGUCUUUUGUUAGUUAAGAAUAAUGGUACGACAGGGUGUUGCCUCUGACUCCACACCGUUGUGAUAUUUCAGUAUAUCACAACACCCUGGACUAGAAAAAUGUGAUUAUAAAGUGGUGUUUAUCCUUGUUACUUACAAAUAUACUAAUUAGGCAUCUAAACUUGAUUUUAAUUUGUGUGUCCAUCCACUGUUUGCAUCAUGUGAGCAUCGCUGUGUGUGUGUGAGAGAGAAGUAUUAUAUUAUUUUACAAAUAGUAAUAACUACUGAUCCCAUGUAUUUGUGUAUUUAAUAGAUUUUAUUUGACUGGAGAGUAAUAGAUUGACAGAUUAUUAAUGAAUGCUGUAAUGUUGUUGAAAGGUGCAGAUGUUUUUGUAGGCAGGAGUUAGCCUCAGCUUUUUUUCUUUGCUAGGAGAUUCAUAUUUCAUUAUUCAUAUUUUCUGAUGUAGCUCCAGCCUUGGUGAUAUUGUGAAAUGUUUCAAGGGGUGGAAAGUGUGAUUGACCAAUCAGAGAGCAGCAUCUCUGCCUCCUGUUUUAUUAGGAAUCAAACAUCUCUGCCUCCUGUGGAAUUAGGAAUCAAACACCUUAAAUUAAAUCUCAGGUUUUCUGUUCCUUUGUACUAAACUAUUUGAUCAAAUGAUGCUGCUACAAGUAAAUUGAGAUUGCACUUGCAUUGAUUUGUUGCAAACUUGUUUUAAUAUUUAGAUUUAUUAGAUUAGAUAGUGUAUAUUUAUUGUAUUCGAUACAGAGUAAAGGUGGAAGCUAAAGUUUUAUGUAACAUGAUUCGGUGUACUUUAACAUAUUACUGGAAAGCUAGUUAAACAAAAUAGCACAGUACACUGUGAAAUACUACAUUCCACGCUAAUUCAAACUAUAUUGUGCCUUCCACAUUAAUUAAUGUGCAAUUCCAAUGAAUCCGUAAACCAAUGCCAACUUCAUUCUCAUAUAAUCGCCUGUGUGUCAUUCUUGAUUCCUCUGUUAAUCAAAUCUAUGAAGUAUAAAUCACUAUUUUAUUUUUUAUUUUUUACAGUGUAACACGUUGAGUCACUCAUAAAACACCUGUGCUAAAUAGUUCUCAGGAAACAGGGUAUAAAGAUUCACGUUCGUUCAGAUUAAUUCUAAAGCUUCUAUGUGUGCUAGUGGCAGUGAGUUUUCUAAUUUUAUGUGAGGUUUGAUCAUUAAUCAAUCCAUGAUCUCCCUAGACAAGAGUUUUGGACUUUUAGAAAUGACUGAGUAUGGCAUUUCUUAACUCAGAACAGCCAUUAAAAAAAAGAUUAACUCCCCCUAAUCGGCAAAAUUCCUGUAUGUAGAUGGUCAGAGUACCACUACCGCCAGAUUAGUAGGAGGCUUGAAGGUCUGAUUGAAAAAUAUGAGCUGAUGCAGAUUUUUAACCAACAAAAAAGUAUUUCAGCUGAAAAAGGGGAUUCUCAUGCCAACAGAAGGGAGACUUGGCAGGUGCAGAAGCACAGAUCACACACUUGCAAAUACAUUAAACAUCAAAUUGAAAGAAUCAUGUAAAUAAUAGGGGAUGAGAGAAUUUGAUCUAGAGGUUUAUUCAAGCUGUGAGUAAUUGGAUGGUGGUCUGGGGGAGGGGGGUUACAGUUUUAUCCUGUUUUGUUCAUUUUAGAACGUGGAAGGCCUGCUACUACACAGAUGUGUAAUAUAGAAGAUAGUAUAUAAUUGCGCAUGUUAAGAAUGGACGUUAUUAAAUUAUGAAGCCCAAAUGAUUAAUCAGCAGCAAAUGUAAAGCUUCAGAUACAAAUAUUACAUUUAGGUUGUUCUAUGAUGGAAAAACAAGUGAUGUUCUUUUCUAAUAUAUUCUUUCUUAUAAUAUCACUGCUGUCUCAUUUCCUUUACAGAGUUAGUGUGCUGGUGUUUUGGAUCUGUGUGCUUUAGUUUAUUGUGUGCUGUCAAUCGGAGAAGAUAUGUAGUCAUACUGCAGGAAAAGUAGUAGUGUAAAGGUUAUCAGGACAGUGGCAAUCCACAGUUGGGAAUACAGUUAUUUGUUAUUUGUGGCAGGGUUUAGGCACAUUGGAGCGUGGUUCUACUGUGUUGUGUGUAAUUAACUUAUGAAUGUACAGUAGCUUGGCUUUUGUUAUGUCAGGAGGGAACAAGAUGGCUUUAAUUGAACAUGAAGUCAAGGACACAUGAUAAAUGUGCUGUGUACUCCUUCUUGAUUAGUGAUCGCUGCUUCAGGGCACAGUCCGACAACUGCACUGUUGAUAUUGUGGAAAGAUUCAGAGAUUGGUUAAAGUACAAAUAUUGUAAUUAUUUGUAAUGGUUUUUUUUUUUUUCAAAACAUUUGAAACAAAACUAGCGAAUGUAUCUUGCACUCUUUUUCAUGCUGCACUUCCCAUUGAAGGAACCCAUCUGACACAUGUGACUUGCUUCUGGGAGUUGCAGUCCUUGUAGGAAGAAA